ACGGUGGCGGUUCCUGCCAGGUGAGUCUGACCACAGACAUGCAGCCCUCCAAGGACACGGUCUGGCAGGUCAUCAAGUCCUUCGAGGGGGGCUGUCCGGCCAACGUGGAUGGCAAUCUGGACGGUGACGCCUCGACUCCGGACCCCUACCAGUUCAACUUCACUAUCCCGGCCGACUUUUCGGCUGGCAACUACACGCUGGCGUGGACCUGGUUCAACCGCGUCGGGGCCCGCGAGAUGUACAUGAACUGCGCCCCGAUCACCGUCAUGGACAGCGCGGCCCAGAAGCGCUCCGUCGCCAAGCGCAGCAGCUACCCUGACCUUUUCGUGGCCAACAUCAACGGCUGCACCACGACCGAGGGUGUGGACAUCCGCUUCCCCAACCCCGGCGAUGUGAUUGAGUACGACGGCGAGGCCUCUCGUCUUGCGGCCACGGAUGCGGCUGCCUGCACGGGUGUCUCCACUGCGUGGGGGAGCAGCUCUGCGACCGCGGCUGCAUCUGUCUCUUCCACGACCACCACUGCGGCUAAGAUCACUGCCACUGCCCCCGUUGUCGCGGUGGAAACAUCUGCUGCGACUUCGUCCGUGGACAACUCCGCUGCCAUCACCACCGCCGCUGCCCCCGCUGCUACGAUGACCGCAGGCCACCCCAACGGACACCAACAGAACGCCGCCACGACCACUUCCACCACUACCGCCAGCUCUGCCAUUGGCACUGCCCUCUCCGGCGUUCUCAGCGGCGCCUGCAGCCCCGAGGGAUCCUGGUGGUGCAACGCCGGCACUUCUUUCCAGCGCUGCGCCAACGGAGUCUGGACUCCUUCCCAGGAUAUGGCGCCCGGCACGGUCUGCACGGCGGGCCAGUCAUCUGAUCUCACGAUUUCGCUUUCUAAGAGCCGCCGUGAUGAGCAGCGCAUGCGUCGUCGUCAGGUUGCUUAGGGGGUGACUUCUCGUGGGGUUAGGUCUGAGUAAACUCGGAGGCAUGGCCUUCAAUGUUCGUCUUGUCUUAUUCUGAGGUGGAAUCAUACAAGGAACUGAAAUUCAUGUUUUAGCUUUAGCAAUAUUUCUCAAAAUGCUAGGUAGAAU